CGGUUGCCCGAUCGCUACACUUAUCUCCUUGAGCAUGGCGACGUCUCCGAUCACUUCCCCGCGCAUGCCACUCUCGCGCUCCAACUCGCCAGAGCUCGAGGGUGCCCCGGUCGCGCCGGCACCCCGGCGUGAAGCCAACUGCUCGACGUUCUUCCUCGGCGACGGUGACGACCCGACGCACGUCGAGUACAACUGGUGCGGCGAGCCGCUUGGCCUCGAGCUGCAGCGCCCGCGCCUCAAGGAGCUGAAUCCCAUCAUGAUCCUGUGGCGCGAAGGCUCCGUGGGCAUUACGUUUGGCAUCGAGCAGGCGACUCGCAAGGUGGUCGUCAAGCGCACGUCGCGCAAGGAACACGACGUGGCGCCAGGUUACAUUCUUCUCAGCGUCAACGGUCAAUCCGUGUGGGAGCGCAACUUUGAUUUCGCGAUGCGCGAGCUCAAGAUUGGCCACGAAGCUGGCCGCACGCAGUCGCUCGAGUUCAUUGCGCCGCCGCCACCGCCGCUCGUCAAGGCCGUGCCCGCCAACGGCGUCCUCGAGCGCGCUGGCGUCAACUCGUUUUUCGAGCUCAAGUCGAUCAACGGCAUCCAGACGCGGUACCUCUCGCUCGAGCAGAUCUCGACGCUCAUGCGCCAGACCAUCAAGCCGUGCGUCAUCUGUUUUGCCCUCAGUCCCGAGGCCCAGGAACUCGCCAACACUAAGGCUGCGAUUACGACAGGGCGUGUCCAAACCGGCGCGUCUCUCGCGGUCGCCGCGGUCUUUGCUGCGGUCUGUAUUUAACCUCUACCCUUUUACCUCUUGAAAGAUUUUGUACUAUCAACGUAUCAACCAGUAUCUCAAGG